AUGAUUCGCAACUUCCUUUACAUCCUUCUCAAUCUCGUUCUCUUUUCUUCAAUUUUUAUUUCUCUGAGCUUGGCGUUAACUCGUCCACCAGAAGUGUGGGUUCUACGAGAUCUAUACCAGGCCUUGAACUACUCGAAUGCGCUUCGUGGAUGGAAUGGCAGUGAUCCUUGUGGAGAGUCUUGGACGGGUGUUACUUGUUCUGGUUCAUCAGUUAUACGCCUACAGAUUCAAGGGUUAAACCUUACUGGGAGUCUAUGCAGGCUCUAUCUUCUACGGAAUUUGAAGAAGCUUGAUGUCAGUUCAAAUAACAUAGUGGGCGAAAUGCCAUUUGGUUUACCCCCCAGUGUCACUCAUAUGAAUUUAAGCCACAAUUUCUUAAUUGGACCUAUUGGCGACGUAUUUACUGGCUUAGAUAAUCUCAAAGAAAUGGACCUUUCAUAUAAUAAUUUUUCGGAAGAUCUACCAAGAUCAUUUGGCUCCCUGACAAACCUUGCUAGAUUAUUCUUGCAGAAUAACAGAUUCACUGGAUCAGUCACCUACCUGGCGGAACUUCCACUUACAGAUUUGAACAUUCAAGAUAAUCUGUUUAAUGGCCUUCUUCCACAUCAAUUUCAGAAUAUAAAAAAAUUAUGGAUUGGUGGGAAUAAAUUCCAUGCUACAUUGCAAUCCGCUUACAGAUUUGAACAUUCAAGAUAA